AUGACCAAAAACGGGCGGCAGGCAGGGGCGAAGGAUCGGGGCGGGCCGGCGCCACGCCGCCGCCUGUGCGCCCCCGUCGUGCCCGCUAACAUCAUCGGCGGCGCCCUCGUCUUCCUCUUCACCUACAAGCUCUUCACCACCAGCCCCUUCGAGUCGAUCACCGUGCACGAGGCGCCUGACGACCCUGUACAGCGGCGGUACAGGGGUGCGUUUGUGGAGGUAAGCAAGAGGAGCCACGCCUACCUGCAGCAGGCGCUGUGGGACCGCCAGCCGGGCAGCUACACGCACAACGUGAGCGCGCGCUACGAGCCCGCGGACGAGGCGGCGGUGCGGGAGCUGGCGCAGCCUUCUUUCUACCUGGACCUUAUCCGGCGGGACCUGCUGCCAUGGAAGGACAGCGGUAUCACUCAUGAGCUGGUGGAGCGCUCCUCCAUGAUGUUUGACGACUGUGAUGGAGACAUGCUGCGCUUCCAGGUGCUCAACGGCUCGCUGUGGGUGCACCACAUCACCGAGCGGCUGGAGGGCGGCUGGUACCCGGCGCCCAUCGGCCCAGGCAACGCCGCCGCCAAGGGGCGUGUGCCCUACGCCGUGCUGGCCCUCAUGGAGACGCUCCGCAUGUUCCCCGGCCAGAUCCCCGACGUCGACGCCAUCCUCCACUUUGCCGACUUCCCCUGCAUCCCGCGGCCCCGCGCCGGCGCCCCGCCGGCGCCCAUCCUGGGCCUGCAGGGCUCGGCGCACCACUCCGACAUCCCCUUUUCCGACUACACUUACUGGGGCCACGAGCACCAGUACCUGCAGGACCCCUGGGGCAAGCCGGCGCAUGGCUGGGGCAACCAGGCCGAGGUGCUGGCUCGCAAGUACGAGAACGUCAGCCUGCUGGACCGCAUACCCCAGGCCUCGUGGCGGGGCCGCACCAAGGACAAUCGCUACCCCGAGAGGGACCACCUCAGGCGCGUGUUUGUGGGGUGCGUGGAUAAACUGAAGGAGGCAGGGCGGGGCGAGGAUGCGGCGCUGCUCAACGUACUGUCGCCGCCGCUGGCGCUGCAGGACAGCUGCGACUACAGGUACAGCGUGUACAUUGAAAGCCAGGCCUACGCCUCCAACCUCAAGCAGAAGAUGGUGUGCGGCAGCGUGCUGGUGGCGCCCCGCAUGGAGUACUGGGAUUUCUAUACGCGGGCCAUGAGGCCAGGGGUGGAGUAUGUGGAGAUGGUCAACGUGACUCGCGACAUGAACGCCGCCUUCGGCUCCCUGGGCCGCGAGGCGCUGGCCAGCAGCGGCCAGCUGACCCCCACGCUGGCCCGCGAGCUGAAGGAGAUGCGACGCGACCCGCUGCUGGCAGCGCUGCUGGCCAGGAGCGGUGCCGGUGGCAGCACCGGCAGCAAGAGCCGCAAGAGCGGCGGUGGCAAGGGCGGCAAGAGCGGCGAGGACGUGCAGCCGCCCGCCAGGGGCCCCGACGGCAACUACAGCUGGGGCAGCGGGGCGAUGCCUUGGGAGAUUGCUGCCACGGGGCAGCAGUUCAUCCAGCGCCACGUGCGCAUGCAGGACGUGCUGAGUUACAUCCGGGACCUGCUGCGCGCCUACUCGGCGAUGCAGCGCCACGCCAUCCGCCCCUCAGCCAACUUGGAAGGCGCAGCCCGUUGCUACACCGGCGACAUGCUGCUGCAGGAGUUUGGCACACCCCAUCAGGUGGACAGGGACAUUGUGGCGGCGGCCUACCCCUGGCUCAAGGGCUACGAUAACGGCUGCAGAGAGGCGGAGGCGGUCUACAAGCCUCGCUAG